AUGCCAUCCCAGACACCAACCCUCUUCGUAACCUACACCUCGGCCACCAACGCAGCGUUCGGCGUCUCCCUCCCGCUCACUGCCCCCGCCGACAGCAAAGCCCAGUACCUCUCCAAGCUUCGGGCACAUGUGGCGUCAGUCCAACAACGUAUCAACCGCGAGUUGACGGCACGCAUGGAAGAGGACAAGGCGCGGGAGUCGGGCGCGUCCGCGGCCAACGGGGUCUCCAAACUCGUCGACGACGAGAAGGAGGAGGAGAACUACGGAGAGGAGGCGCAAGAAGAGGAGGAUUAG